UAGGUUUUUUACGAGCGACUCGAUCAAUAGGUGCUGUUUGCGGAUGGUCUCUCUCUCAGCCAAGUCCGUAGCGAAUUGUCGUAGCGGCAGGGCAGGCGUUGGCGGUGGGUGAGCGAUACGUCGUCGACAUACAGAGCGUGGAGUGACUCAUCGUUAAGCCCUCGGGUGGAGGAGAAUGGCGGAAAAGCAGCUGAUCGUGGUGGUGGAAGGGACGGCUGCCCUUGGCCCCUAUUGGCAGACCAUCCGCAACGAUUACCUCGAGAAGAUCAUCAGGUGCUAUUAUGGGAAUGAGUUAACUGGGCAGAAACUUAAUGGAACAAACCCUGAGUUCGCUUUGGUUGUCUUCAACACACAUGGCCCUUAUAAUGAUAUUGUGGUGCAACGGAGUGGUUGGACAAAAGACUUGGAUAUUUUCCUCCAGUGGCUAUCAACAAUGUGCUUUUCUGGUGGUGGUUUUAGUGAAGCUGCCAUUGCUGAAGGCCUUUCUGAAGCAUUAAUGUGAGUCCUUGGGAGUGUACUGUCCAACCCAGUCUGGUCAAGGGUCCAAGCCUCCAACGUCGUCCGUUUCUUCACCUGCCACACAAA